AAUGGGAGAUUCUGAGACCGCAUUCAUUAAAAUUGGUGAAAUAACGGGGGCAAUUGCUAAACUACAACAAGAUCAAGAUCAGACUACAUUGAAUAUUGGUUUCACAUCCAAUGGGGAAGUACAAUUUCUAAAGGAAAACAAUGACGUGGAGAUGGAUAUCGUUCUCAGCAUUACAAUAUCUAAGAAAGAUGAUAGUAUAACAUCAGAGCGAAAGGACAAAUACAUUGGAGUUCUGCUUUUUCCAGGAAUGCCUAAACAAUUUCAGUCAAAUAGCUCUUUUUUGAACAACAAAGUCCUGGGGAUUAAAAUAGGACCAACCAAUCAUUCUGGAAAAAUUGACAUUCUCUACAAUAAUGUAGACACGAGCGAAAAAAGUGUCUUCUGUGUAUCAUCUGAUAGCAAAGGCCAAAACUGGACCACGGAUCAUUGUGACACCAAUGCAACAGCCGGAAAUGUCACCUGCCGAUGCCCUCUUCAUGCAUUUAUUGCCGUUGUCAUGAUGCCGUCUAAACCAGAGAUGACGUUUGAAACAAACAAAAGCAGACCUUUAGACACAGAGGAAAUAAUGUAAGUAUCUUACUUAAUAACAUAAAACAUACACUAUAUGUGGCAAUGAAGCUAUACAUUUAUAUAUCUGAAUGUUAAUAUAAUUAUUUUUCUAUUACAGAAACAUCAUGGACCUGGCGGAUAACUAUACCAAACAGAUGGGAGGAGCUAAGACAGCAGCAAUCAGAAUAGGCAAUGUCACUGGAGUGGUUGCUAAGCUACCAGAAAAUUCUGCUGACAUGAACUUUGGCUUUGGUGCUGGAGGAGAUGUAAUGCUUUUUUGGGAAUUCCAGAAAAAAAACGGCGGUCCCGCUAGACAAAUUAACCUUCCAAAAGAAGCUAUUGAAAUGGCAAAAAAACAAGAGGAAACACACAUCAGAAUUCUGAUUUUUCCAGGAAUUAUUGGUAAAAAUGGCUCCAAUGAUUCCCUUUUCAGUGAUGAAGUGCUGGGAAUUAAAAUGGGAAGAAAUAUAUCGAAUCUGUCACAACGCAUCAAAAUUCAAUACAAAGAUGCUACAUUGAUGCAAACUGAACAAAAAUACACUUGUGUAUCAUGGACAAUUAAAAAUAGAGAAGACACCAAUCCAAAUUGGACAAUGGACGGCUGUAAUACAACUUUGGAAGACAAAGGAGCCAAGUGUGAAUGCUCUCAUCUAACAUUCUUUGCCAUUUUGAUUAAUAAGAAAAUAGAAGAAAAAAGGACAACUCUAACUUUUAGAGCACCAGAUCGUCCUCUGACCUCAGAGGAAGCAGCAAAUUUAAUGAAGAAUCUGAGUUCUAUAGUGGACAUGAUGGGGAACGCCCAAGUAGCAACCAUUGAAAUGGGGAAAAUUUCUGGAGUUAUUCAAAGACUACCACAACAAAAUAAGACAACCAUCAACAUUGGCUUUGAUGCAAGGGGGAAAGUAGAGGAAAAGGAUGAUGUGGUUACUGGCUCCAUGCAAACAAUACGUCUUUCUAAAGAAGCCAGUGAAAUGGCUGUGAAAAAAAAUGGAUCAUAUGCGGGAGUUUUGCGCUUCCCAGAUAUUGAGAAGCUUAACAAAACCAGUUUAUUUUUAAACAACGUAAUUCUUGGGAUAGAUAUGGGAGUAAAUAUAUCCAACCUCUCAGAAACCAUCGACAUUCACUUCCGUGAUGUGAAUACGGCUGAAGCUAAUGCUACUUGUGUAUCUUGGGAUGGCACAAGUAAAGAAGGUGGCAAAGAAAAAUGGAUAACAGAUGGUUGCCUGACGAAAGAGUCCAACGGCAGCAUCACAUGCCAAUGCUCUCAUCUUACAUUUUUUGCAAUCCUCAUGACAUCAGGUGAGAACAUCAGUCCCUCUCACUUGGAAGCACUCACCCAAAUCACAAAAGCCGGCUGUGGCAUGUCCAUAUUUUUCCUGAGUGUGGCUAUCUUCAUGCAUUUUCUCAUACGGAAGACUAAAGCCACCCAAGCUGUACAGAUCCUGAUGAAUCUCUUCAUUGCCUUGUUCUUCCUGAACUUAUGCUUUUUAUUAAAUGAGACCAUUGCUAACCUGGAGAACUUUGCAGCAUGUGUGGUGAUGGCAGCGUUUAUGCACUAUAGCAUGCUUGCCACAUUCACUUGGUUCUUCAUGCAGGCUUUGCACCUGUACUUCAAUCUGCACAAAAUUCCCACAGAUGUCAAAUAUUACAUUUGCAAGAUUUGCUGCACUGGAUGGGUUCUUCCAGCUGUUAUGGUGCUUGGACUUGUUGCCUCAAACAAAUAUGAUCACGUAACAAUUUCUGGCAAUAACGACACCUCAGUAAACAUGUGCUGGAUCCCUGAUUCUACCAUUCACUUAGGUGUAAACAUUGGUUACUAUAGCAUUGUGUUCAUCUUCACUUUAACCAUAUUUAUAGUAACCAUAGUGCAUAUCAAACACUAUGCAUCUAAAGAGAAAAAAACCCAGGAGUCCUCCAAGACAAGGAUUUUCUCUCUUCUGGGUUUAUUUUGCCUUUUGGGAAUUACAUGGGGGUUUGCAUUUUUUAGCUACGGUCCUAUGCUCCUUCCCUCCUACUACAUCUUCACCAUCCUUAACUCUUUUCAAGGAUUCUUCCUGUUUGUUUACUACUACUUCUCCAGCAAGAUCCUUCCAGAGGACCAAAAGCAAUCUCAGAGCAGCAGCCAAUCCUCACAGACUGUAUACACAUCACCUUACGGAUAAGUUGCUUAUCCUUCCUCCCAGCCUCAUAUAACCUAAGUUAAUUUACUAUGUGCUUAAUAAUUUAUGUGAACUGAUACAAUUUAGAAAAUAAAAAGGAUCUAAUGAUAUACCUAAUUUACUUACAUAAAACUUUUUUGCUGGUUCAUCUUCAUCACAGAGACAAUGAUGCCAUGCAAGAACUGUUCAUAAAAACAAAUUCGUUCUUAAAUUGUUUUAAGAGAAAAUU